CGUGCCUGGUCUGUGGCAGUGUGGGCAGCAAGCAGGAUGGAGCACUACCGGAAAGCUGGCUCUGUAGAGCUCCCAGCACCUUCCCCAAUGCCUCAGCUACCUCCUGAUACACUGGAGAUGCGUGUUCGAGAUGGCAGCAAAAUUCGAAACCUGCUGGGCCUGGCACUGGGCCGCUUGGAGGGUGGCAGUGCUCGGCAUGUGGUAUUCUCAGGUUCUGGCCGUGCUGCAGGGAAAGCUGUCAGCUGUGCGGAGAUUGUCAAGAGGCGAGUCCCAGGUCUGCACCAGCUCACCAAAUUGCGAUUUCUGCAGACUGAGGACAGUUGGGUUCCAACCUCACCUGACACAGGCCUAGACCCCCUCACAGUACGCCGCCAUGUGCCUGCAGUUUGGGUACUGCUCAGUCGGGACCCCCUGGAUCCCAGUGAAUGUGGUUACCAGCCUCCAGGGGCACCCCCUGGGCUGGGCUCUGUGCCCAGCUCCAGCGGUGGCUCCCGACCCCACAGAAGGCCACGAGACAACCGUUCCUGAAGACCUGCCCAGCCAAGCUAUUCUCUAGGCCUGAAUAUCUGGGAUGACUGCCUUUUCCAGGAAGCUCAACUUUCCCAACAAGGCCCGGGUCCAUAGAAGUCCUGCUCCCUCUGGCAUAUGGGAAAUACUAUAAAGAAUAACAUGUGUGGGGUCUCUGCUGAGUUCUGGAUUGCUUGAGAAGGGCUUACUCUGCCUUCUACAUACACUACACCUCAUCUGCCUUCUGGCAAAGGCUUAGGAAGUU